GCCAUAAAUACCACCAUUUGGGCAUACCUUCCAUAACCAGCAAUUACUCGAAAAUGGUAUUCAAGGCUUUACCUUACUCUCUCAGGCUUGUUCUCUUCGUCUCUCGCCUUCUACUCAAACUCCACCAGAACCAUACAAAAACUCUUAAAAGAACCCUAAGCAACUCGCAUGCCUCCAAACUCAAAUCACAAACCCCCGUUUCUCUAGCUCAAGAUUCCGAUCUUUCGCUAAAGACUUUGAUCUUCGAUGUCGAAGGAACACUUCUAAGAUCUCCUUCGGUGUUUCCGUACUUCAUGUUGGUUGCGUUCGAGGCCGGAAGUUUGAUUCGGGCUUUUGUACUUUUCUCUCUGUAUCCUCUUCUUUGCUUGGUUAAGGAAGAUGUAUCUGUCAAGAUUAUGGUGAUGGUUUGUUUUUUUGGCAUUAAGAAAGAAAAUUUUCGAGUUGGAAGCUCGGUUUUGCCUAAAUUUUUCUUGGAAGACGUUGGUAUGGAAGGGUUGGACAUGUUGAGGAGAGGAAGGAAGAAAGUUGGCGUCAGCAAGUUGCCACAGGUCAUGGUCGAAUGUUUCUUGAAAGACUAUUUGGAGAUCGAUUAUGUCUUUGGAAGAGACCUUGUGGCUUGCGGAGGGUACUAUGUCGGUCUCAUGAAAGAAAACAAGAACAUUCUAAAACGUCGUAUUAACGAUGUAUUAGAAAAAGAUGAAGAUGCCACGGUUUGCUUCUCAAACAAGUGGAUUAAGCACGAUUGGAUCAUGUGUAGCAAGGAGGUUUAUGUGGUUACCAAUGGAGAAAAGAUAGCAUGGCAAAGUCUUCCAAGAGAACAAUAUCCAAAAGCUCUAAUCUUCCAUGAUGGCAGAUUAGCCUUUCGACCCGAGCCAUUGCAUAUGCUAGUCAUGUUCAUGUGGUUCCCUUUCGCGCUGGUUCUAGCCAUUUCUCGAGUCAUUAUCGCACUGUCCUUGCCUUAUGGUGCAUUGAUCCCGAUCCUGGAGUUCACCGGUUUGCAGCUCAGGCUCACGAAUCACAAGUCAGUUCAAAAGUCGGGUUCUGAUCAUGAUCAUAAACAACACAAAGGGCUUUUAUAUGUUUGUAACCAUAGAACUUUACUUGACCCACUAUACCUCUCUUUCGGACUCAAGAAACCAUUCGCCGCUGUCACAUACAGUCUCAGUCGAAUGUCGGAAAUCUUGUCACCAAUCAAAACUGUCCGACUAACAAGGGACAGGGACCAGGACGCGAAGAUGAUGGACAAGAUGUUAAAGCAGGGAGACCUCGUGGUUUGCCCCGAAGGGACAACUUGUAGGGAGCCUUAUUUGCUGCGGUUCAGCCCUUUAUUUGCCGAACUUAGCGAUCGUAUUGUUCCAGUGGCAUUGGAUACUCAUGUUAGCAUGUUUUAUGGGACAACUGCCGGUGGAUUAAAAUGCUUGGAUCCUUUCUAUUUUAUGAUGAACCCUAGUCCUAUUUAUCGAGUUCAGUUCCUAGAGCAGGUUCGUGGCGUGUCUUCCAAUUCGCGAUGUGGUGAUGCAAACUCCACAAGGUUCGAUGUGGCAAAUUAUGUUCAAACCGAGAUUGGGAAGACAUUGGAGUUCGAAUGCACAAGCUUAACGAGAAAGGACAAAUAUCUUGCAUUGGCCGGUAACGAAGGGUUGGUUUCCACUAGUAAGAAAAGAUGAUUGAUGGAUGAGUCUGUAUUAAUUAUUAUAUCACCAACUUAAUUAUGUUUAUUAUAUUUUUCACUUUUCAUACUGUAUAUAUACAUGGAUAUGAAUCAGUAUUCUUUAUUUGGAUUUGAUAAUAAUAAUAACUAGAUUAACGAC